UACAAUAGAUUCACUAUCGUGAAGUCGCAGUUGUUGGCGACGCCGCGUUGUCUUCGACGAAGGAUUCGUACGCUUCAAGCUUCAAGAGACUUUGGGACAUUCUAAAUCCUAAUAUUUAACCGAAAUUCGUUUAACCAUAAAUGAAGAACGCACAUUGUGUACAUACAACUGCACAUCGUUUUCCGUUUGUUUGGUUAUAUAACGGUGCAAGACAAUUCGAAAAUGAUAUCCAGACCGCUUAACAUUUGUAAAUAUUUAUGACAACUGCCGAAUACUUCAAAAAGUUCGAAGAGGAUGAGAAUUUGCACUGGUACGGAAUGAUUCAUGAGAAAACACGCGUGAAAAUGGCGAUUCGCGUCUCGAAGAAAUAUCGCGUCGAAUGAUUCGAAAAUCGAAGUGAUCCAGUGUUUUAUAUGAUUCGAAUGAAAAUGAGAUACAAUGGAAUCUGAAAGCGCUGUUGUGCUAGAAUCAUGCGAAGAAGAUUCGAUUUUAAUGCAAACUGUAAAGAAUAUGGUAACGGAAGAUGUACAUACUGGGAUAGAUAGCAAGGAGGAGGGAUUUUUUAUUGUCACAGAUGUGACGGAAGGCGAACAGCAGAACGUGAUAGAAGUCUGCAACGAAGAAACAACUAUUACCGAUAACGGAGAACACAUUUCAUUGUCUAAUUUGUGCAGAGUAUGCGCCAAUGCUAACGAUCAUUUGAUUCCAAUAUUUGAUGGAGAAGGUUUGGAGCACGACCUGUGCAGUAAAAUACAUAAAUAUUUACCUAUACAUAUAUCCGAUACGGAUGAGCUUCCAUUGCAAUUGUGUUAUCAUUGCGCUGCUACCUUGUUAGCAUGGCACGAACUCUUGGAAGGAUGUUUAACAGCGGAGAGAAGGUUGUUGACGAUGCAGGAAUCUCUACAAGUGAAACAGAGCUCGGAAGGUCUGGAAGUAUCGAUAGACACGACUACGUCUAACAUAACAGAAUCUCUGCAUCAAGAGCAGGAAACCAUAAAGGAUGAAGAUUGUGGGGAAGUGGCUGAUAAUGAUAUGAACAGGUGUGCUCUACCUCGGAAGAAAUCCCUCGUGGCAUACUGCUCGUGGCAUAUGACAGCGACGCGCUCGAAUAAUAUAAUACAGACCACUAACAAAUAUACAGCUCCCCAGCGACCGAAUAAAACGGUCGCUGGUCGUCCGACGAGAAGAACUAGCAAAGAGGAGAACACAGAUUCGUCCAGCAAUUUCAACGGUUCAGACGUACCCGACGCGACGACCGCGCUUCUCUCCAAAGACAGAAACAACGGUCCGCACACUUGCGCGGCGUGUCAGCGAAGCUUCAAAAGGGAAUGCCACUUGGCGCGACACGCGAUCAAAUGUACGAACAGCGUCGACAAAGACCAUGACGAAAGCAUGUCGAAGGACUCCGACGAGAACGAGGCCGGGAUCGACGACGAGAGAGACAAGUGGAAAUUAUACAAAAAGUGCAAGAGAAAGCGGCACGAGACGCACCCGUGCAUGUAUUGCGAUUACGUCUCCAAGAAGAAGAAGCUGCUCGAGGUGCACCUGAUCGAGUCGCAUUCAGAGUUCAUCGGCAAGAAAGACCGUAAGCUAAGAUGCGUCGACAAAGAGCUGGUGACCCGGGCGAAGAUGGAGGUCGACGGGAAAGUGUAUUAUCAUUGCGACGAGUGCGGGAAGAACCUGUACUCGCCGUACACGUUCUUCUGGCACGUGCGCAUACACACCGGCGAACGGUCGUACACGUGCCAUUUGUGCGGCAAACAGUUCAGGGUGAACCAAGGCCUGGCCAGGCACCUGAAGGACACCCACGCGGGCAUAAAGAACUUCCCCUGCGACAUCUGCGGCCGGAUGUUCACCACGAAACGCAACGCGGAGGACCACAGGCGUAUACACACCGGCGAACGGCCGUACGUCUGCAACGUGUGCGGCAAAUCGUUCAAACAGAAGGCCUCCCUGUUCGUGCACAAUCGAACGCACACGGACGUGUUCCCCUUCAAAUGCCACUAUUGCGAUCAGAGCUUCCGCACGAGACCGCCGCUCGUGGUGCACAUAACGAAACACACCGGCGAGAAGCCGCACGCGUGCGACAUUUGCGGGCGCCGUUUUCGCAUCAAGUACGAGCUGAAGCGGCACCGACUGAUACACUUCGACGAGAAACCGUGGCAGUGCUCCGAGUGCGACCUAUCCUUCCGACAGAAACGCUAUUUAGUUAACCAUAAGAAGAUCAAUCACGGCGCGAGCUGAUUCGCACAGCGACCGCCGGGCAGAGUUGGGCAACACUUUGCUACAAUUAACAAUCAUAAAGCAAUUCGAUCGUCGGUCGCCGCGAUUAGAUUGCAUUUAACGAUUAAAAAAAUGUUAAUCUAACUGAUCGAGCUUUGAAGUAGACGUUCGAUCCACGAUUGGACGAUCGUCCAGUCUGAACGCGCAUACUCUUCUAUUGUAAUA